AUGGGUAGCAUAACAGCAAACCCUUUCCAAGAUAUCCCAGAAGCCCGUACAGAGCCGAUCUUCUUGUUGGUGUAUACAAGACAGAUGAAGGGAAAGCAUAUGUACUUCCCAGUGUACUGGAGAAUUGUUUCAACACAAACACUCGGUGCAAGCGGCGGAUGCCACGCCGGCGCAGUCUUGUUGAGAGACCACUAUGAGCCAUGGAAGAGAUCCGGGAAGCCAGAGAUUUUUAUCCCUGACGACACAUGGUGUAAGUUCCCAAUUCUCACAAGUUCAGUAGUUCCAUGUUCUGACCAGCUCCCAGUGAAUCAUCCCUUCCUGUUCAAGUCUGCAGGAAUCAAGCCCACUAUCAUUCCUUACUUUAACCACAAGACAAACUCGUUCGACUUCGAAGCUUUCACAGCAACUCUCAGAGAACUGCCCGCCCAGUCCGUUAUCCUGAUUCAGUCCAAUGCCCAAAACCCAACGGGAAGUGAUCCAUCGCCGCAACAGUGGCGCGAACUAGCGACGAUCUUUUCCCAGCGUGGUCACCUAGCAUUCUUCGAUGCGGCAUACCCAGGAUUUGCCUCAGGCGAUAUCGACACUGACCUUCAGGGUGUUCGGUUCGAGCGAGUCGGCCUUCUUUCUGUUCUUACUGCCAAUGAAGACACCGCAAAGAAAUUAGAGGUGCAGAUGAAGCUCUUAGCUCGAGCUGAGUCUGGGGCUCCGCCUGACUUUGGUUCUAAGAUCGUGGAAACAGUGCUCUCGGAUGAGGCUUUGAAGGCGCAAUGGAGGGAGGAAGUGCGUGAUAUGGCGAAUCGACUCAAACAGCGUCGACUGAGAUUGAGAGAAGGAUUAGAGAAGCUGGAAACACCGGGUAAUUGGAAUCAUAUCACUGAACAAAACGGAAUGUUCUCGUACAUCGGCUUGUCAGUUGAGCAGGUCACUUUGCUCCGAGACGAGUACCAUGUUUACCUCCAAGACUCUUCAAGAAUCUCCAUUGCUGGGCUCAACAACUUCAACAUCGACUACGUCGCUCGUAGCAUUAGCGCUGUGGUGAAAGCCACGACAAAGUGA